AUGGGUGAAGAGCGAUUAGAGCCCAUUGAAUUGGGGGAGCGCAGCACCCCACAGGGAGCAGUGUUAUCACCACUCUUGUUUAAUCUGGCCUUACUGCCACUGCCACGAUUGCUAGACCAAAUCGAAGGAAUCGGACACGCGUUCUACGUGGACGAUGUUACUAUAUGGACGGAGCGAGCGGGCUCCGACGGCUGGAUGGAGGAGACACUUCAGGCGGCAGCACUCACAGUGCACGAGUACGCGAAGACCUGUGCACUCAGCUGCGCGCCGCAGAAGUCGGAACUCCUCGUAAUCCAACCAGGAAAGCCCCGCAAGCAGCCCCCACCAGACAUCUGCAUCGGAAUUGACGGCACCACAGUCAAGCCGACGGACACAUGUAGAAUUCUCGGGCUCCUAAUACAAGACAAUGGCAAAGUACACGCCGCCAUCGCCAAGAUGAAGACCAGCGCGGAGAAGAUCUUAGCCAUGCUGAGAAGGGUUUCAACUAGAAACAGAGGACUGAAGGAAGACGACGCCCUCAGACUAGUGCAGGCAUUCAUAACAUCCAGGAUAACAUAUUCGGCCCCGUAUCUCAAUCUAGACAGGACUCAAAAGAAUAUACUCGAUACCAUCAUCAGAAAGGCCACCAAGCAAGCCCUCGGCCUACCCAUCUAUUCGUCGACCCAGCGCCUUCAAGCCAUGGGGGCACACAACACAGUCGCCGAACCCAUAGAAGCCCACCUGUCUAACCAGCGACUCCGCCUGAGCCAGACAAAUCAUGGCCGCGCGGUGCUGGAUAAGAUAGGGUGGCGCAAGGAGAGAGCAACAAUCAAGAGGCCGGGCUGA